AAGAUCUAGAUGAUAAGGAAUUUGGAUUAUCAGCGAACGCUGGAAUGAAUGGAUCGUUUGAGACGAGGAGCUAGAAUUCAUUCUCCAAGAAGUCUAUAUCGUCUCAACGAUUACGUCUUCUUCAUAGUUUUUGUGUACUUGGUUAGAAAGGAGUUGACCAGCUACUGGGGAGAACGAGAAAAAUGCCUCCAGGACCACGGAAGAAUAAGCCGCCACCACCUCCCGGUUUUUCUGGGCCUGUGAAGAAAAGCGAUGGCGCCUCUGAGGCCAAAGCUCGAGGUCGUAUCGUGGUCGGCAGUGCUCUGUCUUCCGGCUUUGUGCCACCUCACAGGCGCGGAAAGUCUGCCACAAGCACGGCGAAGCCAAGUAGUGGCAGCGCAGCCGCUUCAUCGACGAAUAAGAACAAAGGCGUGACCACUUCUAGUUCUAAAGAUGCGAAAACAUCAAAUGUGAAGAACCCUGAUGUUGCCGAUGGCGAACACGAAACUAAAAUAGGCGCCAAAUUCGUCUUACCAGGAAAACCUGCUGUGUUAUCGCGAUCUGCCAACUCGUCGUGGUGGCGGGGUGGCGCAUUUGUGCGAAGGAAUACCACGAACGGUGAGGGAGCAGCACCUGAGGUCUCAAUAGAGGAGCUCGUAGGCGAGUUUGAGGGUGGAGAGGAUGACAUACCAGUAACUACACGGGAUGCAAAGAGCGGUCACCAGUUUAGCGUGAAAGAAAACGACACGCUGCCGGAGAACUAUCAAUGGGUAGUUUUCGACAAGAGUUUCGACGUGGACGCAUUCGCUUCGCUUUGCGGAGUCGUGGCUGCACCUUUGGCGGAACCGAAAAAGGCACGCGACAGUGGUGGCUCACUAGCAGUAUCUGGCACUUCUGGUAGAAUGAGACUGUCGCAGGAGGAUGUUGACCCGUUUGACCCGUCUCAGGAUUUGGACGCUGCGCUGUCGCUCGAACAGCAUGGGACACCGGAAGUGAGCCUGGAUAACGAUAACCAAGGUUUGAUGAAGCGGACCUCUAGUGCUUCGAGUCGUGGCAGUGUUUCCUGUGCUGACAACAACGUGCUGAUGUCGCCUACUGAGUCGCCGAUUGUGCGUCGGCAUCUCGCCUCCCUUUUCAGUCCGGAGCGAGUGCGCGUCAACGUGCUAGACCGACUUUCUUUGCGCGUCGACCAUCAGGGUGGUCCGCAUCCUGAUGUCCAACCCCUCAUCUAUCUCCUAGGCUGCCUACUGCAGUGGCCGGUGCAGCCGCACGAGCAGGCGCAGUUGUGCGUCAUUGCAGGGGAGAGUCUGGCUAUGGUUCUGGAGUGGCUCUUAGAUCUGCCCUCGCGUACUGGCAGGAGCCUGCCAGCGACGAAAUUGUCGAUCAUUGCCUAUGCGCGGGAAGCAGUUUUUAAGGCUUUCUUCUCACUGCCGGCUUUUGAGGAUAGUAUGGGAACGAAGGACGAUCAGGGGAGCAGUGGCGGCGAGAAGGGAGUGCUUCUUCUGGCCGAUAUCUUUGCAGCGUCGAAAAAUCCUACAGGAGCUAGCAACAAGAGCUACAGUGCACUGAAGAAGGCAGGAGCAUCGUCAUCAUGUAGCUAUUUCUCAGGUAUCUCAGCACAGCAAUCUUCGGCUUAUCUUCUUGGGAGCAACAGAAGUAGCAGCUUCCAGCGCAAAAUUUUUGAGGUUUUGUCAGCAUUGUGGCAAGCUAUUCUACGCGGAGAGGAACGAGCCUGGGAUCCUCGCAAUUUGGUAGCAAAGAUAGUGUCUUGUAUAGGCAAAGUUGCAGAAAAUGAUGGAAGUGCUUUGAAAACAAGCAUGCAGGAACGCUGCAUGGCGGUUUUUGUGCGAACGCUGGACACAUGGCACAGCAUCGUCGUGAGCCACACGGACGAAGUGGGUGCUGAGCAGGCACCGGACGAAAUUCAAGAUGCUGAGGCAGCCGCAGGUGGUCACGAGGAGUCCAUGUUAUCGGCACGCGACCACGGAAGUGGGCUACAUACCCCUGCGAGUGGUGUCUUCGAGGCGUCCACCUCUGUGGCCGCGUCUAGUCGUGACACAAGGACGACCGCUAUGUGCGACUCCUCGUUCUUGAGCAGUUCUCUCGCAGAGGGUCUCGGAAAGCGAGGGUCUAGGAAAGCGAAAAAGAAGAGUCGGGUGAUAGAGCUUCUUCUGAAGGAAGCAGCUGAGCAAGCAGCCUUUUCCCGCGCGAUGGCAUGGAUGGGCGCACAGGCGAACCAAGACGAGGGAGCCGACGCAGAGCGGCAGCAGCAAGCAGCGCAGCUCGCCCAACUGGGGCAAAGUAAGGAAGCGAUGGCGCCUGUCCGGACGUUAGGGGCCGGCUUUUUUCCUGCGUUUGAAAAG